AUGUAUCGAGACCCAGAGAAAACAAAGCUAGUGGAGUUGCGUCUGGUCGAACUCGUUUUGGGCGUUCACAAUUUAUCAGACCUCAGAAAUGCCGUGGUUGUCCAUGCCAGGACUAUAAUCAUAAAUCAAGGACUUUUGCAUUACGUUCCGGUUAACGAUUUUGCCCUUAUUGAAGUUCAAGAGAAGAUCGUAAUGCGCAGGACAGUUCAGGCUGUGGGUAUUCCACACGCCUAUGACGCUCAUAUUUUGCCACCUGGAAGCAGCUUCGUCGUCUACGCUUUCGAUAGUCGUGGUGUCAAGCAAGUCAUUGGAGGUGUCAAGCUGAAAGUCUUUGACUCAAGUAAACACAUGAAAUGCGGUAUGUUUUACAGACCCGAGUACCACAUCUGCGCGGUGGAAAGUGGGAAAUCCGGUCAACUGAAUAAAGGCAUUUCCGGAGCACCGGUAAUUGGCUUCAUUGGAAACAGGGCGGUGCUCAUUGCCUACGUGACAUCGAAAACUAGAUUAGACUAUAUUAUCCUGAGCAAUAUGGUUGCUUAUAGAGUCAUUGCCUACGCUGCAGCCAAACAGUUGGUCCAGAUGCCAGACGGUGCAAUGGGAAAGCUUCGUCGGAAUGGUUCUGCCUACGUACUUCUUAGCUUAUGA